AUUUGUGUUCGGUGUGUGCGCGGCGGGGAGGAGGGGUCGCUCUUGUCCGUGCCCGGGUUGGCCGGAGCCUCCGCCGCCUCGCGGAAUACGCCUUGUCCGCUCUCGGUCCGGUGGCGUUUCCUCGCUUGUCCGAGGGAGUGUGGACGGGGUCGCCCCGGGAGGAGCCGGGCGGCUGAAGCUGCGCCUCUCACAACAGUGUGUUUUGUCUGUUUUUCUCUCCCAAGGUCCCGUUUCCCUCUGUGCGGCGGCCGGCGGGACCAUAAGGGCUUAACUCAUAUAUUUAAUCCCCCUCCGAAAAGUAAGUGGCCGGUGUGAUGUGUCUGCUCCGCCCGCCGCCCCCAGUCCAUCCUUGUGUCUGACUUCUGUCCUCAGCAUUGUUAUUUCUCCAUCUUUGCCUCGGUGCUGCUGCUGAUGUGUGGGGAAAUGCCCUCUCGUCGUCCUCUGUCCCCCUUGCCCAGUCCUCCGGGAGGCCCAGAAUGGCAGCCCCCACCCCCACCCCAUGGAGACUGUUCUUGCGAACCAGGUCUUUCCCAACAGAAUCCGGGAGGUUCUAGCUGUUCGCUUGGGCCUCCUCAUCCCCUCCUUCCCGACGGGGUUUCGUUGGAAGGAAUUAUGCAAAUCCUGCUUUCUGGUGUCCAUUCAGCGGCAAUUUCAUGCGGGUUUGAAACUAUUCUUGAAGGGCUGUUUGGACCUGCAUUAUUAAAAGAUCUCAGUUUAUUUAAAGAGUGUGAAUCUGAAAACGUUUCUGAUUGGACAUUUGAUGAAAAUUGUCUGUUCUGUUGCUUAAGAAGAGAUAAAGUAAAGGGACACUUAGUCCGCCUGGAUGAACCAGCUUCGGGAGCUGGGCAAGAAGCUCUGCUUAAACAAGAGCAAGCAAAAAUCAUUCGAUUCGAGAGGCAAGCAGAAGAGUUCCUCAAUGCAGUCUUUUAUAGAAAAGACAGUCCCUGGGUCUCCAACCCCAAUAUUCCCCUAGUGGCCCGUGAGAUCAUGCAGCGAAUGAUCCAACAAUUUGCUGCUGAAUAUACCUCAAAAAAUAGCUCUACUCAGGACCCCAGCCAGCCCAAUAGCACAAAGAACCAAAGCCUGCCGAAAGCAUCUCCAGUCACCACCUCUCCCACGGCUGCAACUACUCAGAACCCUGUGCUCAGCAAACUUCUCAUGGCUGACCAAGACUCACCUCUGGAUCUUACUGUCAGAAAGUCUCAGUCAGAACCUAGUGAACAAGACGGUGUACUUGAUCUUUCCACUAAGAAAAGUCCAUGUGCUGGCAGCACUUCCCUGAGCCAUUCUCCAGGCUGCUCGAGUACUCAAGGGAACGGUGAGAACUCAACAGAAACGCUAGCAGUAGAUUCUAACAAUCAGUCGAAGUCCCCCCUGGAGAAGUUUAUGGUCAGACUCUGCACUCAUCAUCAGAAGCAGUUCAUUCGUGUUCUGAGUGACCUGUACACUGAAUCUCAGUCAGACACUGAGGACCUGCAGCCUUUGGAUUCUGGAACAAUGGAUGCAUCAUCUUGCAAUGCUGGCUGUGCCCAGCUAAGCAGCAGACAUAAGGAAAAUGAUGCUAUGUGCCUCGAUAGGAAGUCUCCUACUUCCAUAGAUUUGUUAGUAGACUCACUGGGCUCUCAAAGCUCUCUGCAUAUGACAGAACAGGUACUGAAGGAGUCUCCUCCUGAGACAAACUGUAUAGAUGGAAGAGAAAAUGCCUUGACUGUUGUCCAGCAAGAUUCCUCUGAACUUCCAGCCAUUCAUCCUGAUUCUGGCAAUUCGAUAGAUAGUUCCACUCUGGGAUACCUCACUGCAUCUAAUUCUUCCUCAUUGAACUCCCACUUCAUUUCUAAAAGCUUGGAGGGGCAAACCACUGGACAAGAGCGAGACUCAAAUGUGAAAACAUGUGAGGAUGGUAAAGACCAUAUGCAGAGUUCAGCUUUAGUAGAAAGUCUAAAUGCAGUAAAAGUGGCUGAGAAUAGCGAGGAGGGCAAUGACUGUAUUGUUUCUCAAAGAAAUUCAUUCAGAGCUUUAUCAGAAGAGACAUGGGACUCAGGGUUUAUGGGGAACUCACCUAGAACUGCUGACAAAGAGAAUGCUUUACAGUGUAGCUCAAAAAUACCACUGCACCAAGAUUUAGAGGCAAAUGAACAAGAUGCAAGGCCAAAGCAAGAGAACCAUCUUCACUCACUAGGAAGAAAUAAGGUGGGUUACCAUUCACAUCCCAGUGACAAGAGCCAGUUUGAUCAUUCCAAAGAUGGUUGGUUAUCCCCCAGCCCCACACCAUCUGUACACAAAGCCUCUAAUGGACACUCACGAACCAAGAUGAUACCAGCUUCCAUCAAGACAGCUCGGAAAAGUAAAAAGGCAUCAGGGUUGAGGAUAAAUGAUUAUGAUAACCAGUGUGAUGUUGUUUAUAUCAGUCAGCCAAUAACAGAAUGCCACUUUGAGAAUCAAAGAUCCAUGUUAUCUUCUCGGAAAACGGCCAGAAAGAGUACUCGAGGAUACUUUUUUAAUGGUGAUUGUUGUGAACUACCAACUGUUCGCACAUUGGCCAGAAAUAUACACUCCCAGGAUAAAGCAAGCUGCUCCUUAUUAGUAUCACAAGUUACUAAUGUGACUCCCAAGCAGACUCUAACAAUGUCAGCCCCUAGGCAUGCAGUAGAUGUGCAGCUUCCCAGAGAAGAUAACCUUGAAGAACCUUCUAAGGAAAUAAUUUCCUUCAAGGAGGGAGGCAGAGACACUUCAUCUGCAGAAAAGUCUCAAGAGCCAGAAGUUUGCCCCAUAAUAAAUGAACCAAAUCCCAGCAGCUCUCCUAGGCUGGGGGAGACAACAGCCCCUAGCCUGAUAUGUUCUUUGCCUGCUUGCCUCCCUGAAGAGGAUGUGCUGGAAGGCAGAACCGUGAUCUCAGCUUCCACAGCUAGUGUGGUGUCUCCCGAACAAGACCAGCAACAAGUUGCCUUGCCAGAUGUGGAGGUCAUGAGUAUACUCCAAGACUGCCACUUGGUUCCUCCAACUGAAAAUAUUUCUGGGGAAGGCAAUGAAAAAGUCCCUUCUAGGCCUGAGUCUCCUCCUGAAACAGUCAGUAGAGAAGAAAAGCCUCUGUUCUCAGAAAAUCAAAGUCCUCCUGUGGGCUGGGAGCCUCCCCUGAAUCUGGUACAGGGUAAGCACAAGCAGAGCUUCAGUACUGAGGUUGAGACUGGAGAUACUCAAGAGCUACAUACUGAACCAUUCCUGAAAGCAAGCAGCACUUUUCAUAAUGAAAACCCCAGUAAGAUUGAGGAAGGUGAAGCAACAUGUGGUACAGAAACACUAGAGGGGGGGGAAAGCACUAUAAAAUCCUCUUCAGAAAAAAUUACCUGUGAUCCAGACAUUGACUCACCUGAAGAAAACUUGGACAAGAAGAAAAAAGGUAAAAAGUUCCCUGAGGCCUCUGAUAGAUGCUUAAGAAGUCAGCUUUCAUAUUCUUCCUCUGUUGAUAGGUAUCUAAGAAAUCAAGGUUCAGAUUCUUCUUCUGCUUUUCCUGAGAUCAAAGUUUCUAAAAAUCCUGGAGCAAAGCAUUCUAGAAAAGAAGAAUACCCUGCUGGGACAACACCUGAGGGCUUUCCGAAUGAUAGUUUUUGUACAGACAUUCUAGAAGAAACUGAAAACACAAAUGCCAAUGAAUGCCCCUCUGAAAAAGAGGUUGAACAGGAGGGUGGAGGAGGAGGAGGCAUCAUUACAAGGCAGACUUUUAAAAGCAUGCUGUCAAAAGAAAUCAAGAGGGAACAAGGAGAGAUCUCUCCUAGCAGGGAUCCCGUAACCACAGUUGGCCAGCCACUUCCUGAAGAGAGACUGGAAAUCUAUGUUCAGUCUAAGAUGAGUGAGGAAAAUGCUCAUGUGCCCUCAGAACACAUUCUUUGUAAGAGGGACCCAGAGCAGUCAAAUGAGAGGCCAGGACACAUUCCCACACAGGAUGUGGAGGCAGUUUUAAAUGAAGUAGACAGUGAGGACAGCCAACAUAAAGAUGGUGCUAACCAGGCUCCAUCCAGCUCAGCUGAGAUGGCAGGUAGUCUAAGUGGUGAUGCUCCUGGGCCACCAAAAUUGGUACCAAGACCUAAACGAAUGACCUCUUCACCCUAUAACUUGAGACAUGCUUACUCUCUGGACUCCUUGGAUACUACAAAAGUUGCUUCAAAAAAGGAAGCCACAUCAAUAAGCCCAAUGCCAAAGGAAAAUGAAGCUUCUGAGAGUGCAGAUCCCAUAGAUGAGGAGGAUGUGGACACAGUGGUGCAUGAACAGCCAAAGUUUGUGGAAUGGUGUGCAGAGGAGGAGAACCAGGAGCUCAUUGACAACUUUAAUGCCCAGUACAUGAAAGUUCAGAAGGGGUGGAUCCAGUUGGAGAAAGAAGCACAACCAACACCAAGAGCAAGGAAUAGGUCAGAUAAACUGAAGGAGAUUUGGAAAAGCAAGAAAAGGUCACGGAAAUGCAGGGGUUCGUUAGAAGCUCAAAAGUUUUCUCCUGUUCAGAUGUUAUUUAUGACAGACUUUAAAUUAUCUAAUGUUUGCAAAUGGUUCUUAGAGACAACUGAAACCCGGUCUCUGGUCAUUGUGAAGAAGCUCAAUACUCGUCUUCCAGGGGACAUUCCCCCUGUCAAGAAUCCUCUUCAGAAAUACUCUCCUUCCAGCCUGUAUCCCAGUUCACUGCAGGCUGAACGUUUAAAAAAACACUUAAAGAAAUUUCCUGGAGCUACUCCUGCUAAGAAUAAUUGGAAAAUGCAGAAACUCUGUGCUAAAUUUAGAGAGAAUCCUGACGAACUAGACCCAGAGGACAGCAGUGAUGUCAGCCUCAGUCCUGAUUCUGAAGACAGUAUAGAGGAAGUCAAGGAAGAUAGAAAUAGCCAUCCUCCCACAAACCUGCCUACUCCAGCCAGUACACGGAUCCUCAGGAAAUAUUCCAAUAUUCGAGGAAAGCUCAGAGCCCAGCAACGAUUGAUCAGGAAUGAGAAAAUGGACAGCCCCAUGGGUGUGGCAGUGGAAAGUAAGCAGAGUCGUAAAAGUGUUUGCAUCAACCCUCUGAUGUCCCCCAAGCUUGCCCUCCAGGUGGGUGCAGAUGGGUUUCCCGUUAAGCCCAAGAGUACUGAAGGAAUGAAGGGAAGGAAAGGAAAGCAGACGUCUGAAAUCUUGGUUAAAGCUGAAGUUCAGAGUAAACGGAAGAGAACAGAAGGCAGCAGCACCCAGGACUGUAAAGACAAGGCCCUGACAGUGAAAGCCGGCAAAGAAAAGCACGUUGAUGGACCCACUAAAACCUCUUCUGCCAAGAAGUCAUCUGUAAAGGACAGAGUCAGCCAGCUGCCGAAAAAAAUGUCUUUGAAAGAGAAUAAAGUGAAGAUUCCUAAAAAGUCCUCUGGGAAGAGCUACCCUCCCUCCAGGAAAGAAAAAGAGAAUACAAACAAAAGACCUGCCCAGCCUGCCACCUCAGAAGCGCUGAUGAAACCUGCAAAGCAAAAAGGAUCAGGUGAAUCUUCUUCCAGGCCCCAGAAAGCCACGAGCAGGAAGCCAAGCCGUGGGAAGACUAGUACCAGACCCUUGACAAAAGGCCCAGGCAACAGUGUGGCCCAGAGAAAGCGAAAGCUCAAGGCAAAGCUAGACUCUUCCCAUAGCAAACGGAGACGGUUGGAUGGAAAGUGAUGGAAGGAUGGCAGCAAAGAGUGAAACUGUUCUAUAGAAGUAACCUUUUAUUUUGCAUUAACUAAAUCUGCUUUUAUAAGCUUAUCAAGCCUUUCAAAUUACAAUAGAAAACACCACAGUUUGAGAUGUCAGAAAAUGCGUCUCAGGUAGAGAAGAGAACUUGUAGAGUCCUUCUCUGAGAUUGAGUAAGGGAAGUUAUAUAUUAUAUUCUGGUUGUUCCUUGGGUUUUAAACUUGGAACCAAGCAGUUUCUGUUUUAAAAAGUACAGUGCCUUAUUUAUCCUUUUUGUUUUAAAAUUUACAAAAGCUAAAAAGCUGAUCUAUGUGAUUAAAGGCUUGUAUUUUAUACUUGAUGCACAAGCACUUGUACUGUAGCCAAGAAGACCACCGUCAUGCACAUGAAAGGAGCUUUCAGCAGCCACCCUGCAGCAUCUGCUCCUGAAAAGACACCCUCUGCAAACCACAGCAGCAAUUUCCCUCUCUGUUAUGUUUGUUUUUUGUUUAAGUGGUAUUUGAAAGCUAAACCAAAUCAUUUUUGUGGUAUGUGGAGAGUGCAGAGGAUAUAUAAUUAUAGAAGAUUAAUAUUUCUGUUACCUUCUUUAAAAAAUCAUAUUCAUUGUUGGUCACUAUUCUCACCUUUUUGUUUUGUUUUUGGUCUUUUGUCAUUUGAGAAUAUGUUCUCUAAAUCUCAUGCCCAUGGGACAAAAAGUAUGUCACAAAUACUCAUUUUGGUUUACAACCUCUAAAACUUAUUUGCAUCCCCAAACUUUAUUGUCUGUAUUAAGCCUUGCAAGCUUGCUAGCAUUCUAACAGGUAUUGUCCUAUUUUAGAAAAAAUCUUUUUUAUCUUGUAGCUAUAAUUUGAUGAUUAAGAUGAAAGUGAUUAUUCCUAUUUUUUCUUACCCAGAGUACUUCCCUAUUCAGAGAAGCCAAAAUAUUAUUUCUAUUAAUAGGAAAUUUUAAGAAUAUGGGUGUACAUGUGCAUUUGGAUGCAUUUGCAUGGGGUUAUCAGCUGCAAAUGUCUCCCAAUCCCAAUUUUACAGAAAAUUGUUUCUUCCCCAUGUAAGGUGUUUAUGAAGCUGAAUAGUACAGGCCAACUUGUUUAAAAGUGGCCCAGUGACUCCAUGUGCAUCCUAAUACCACAUUAGCACCAGAUUCUGAGAGGUAUGAACAGCACAGUUAUGUAGAAUCAGAGCCCCUGGCAGCUGGAGGAAGCUGUCCCAGCAGUACAGUUGGGUCCUCUCCCCUACACACAGAACUGAGGUUCAGCUGGAAUGCACCAAGUGAAUGUAUUUGUCUGGAGUGGAUGUCUUUUUAGAUUGAUUAGUAUCAUCCUAAGUGGUUAAAUGCUAAUAGUAUUAACCCUCCCCAUAUCUCCUCCAUGUGGUCUAUUCCAUGGCCCAGAAGUGAGAAUUACAAUAUUUGUAAUUGAUGUUGUUUGUCUUUUUUAGGUAAAGCCUGAAAUGGGCCCAUUGGCUUUACUCAGUGCCUAUGACAUUGCUGUGCUUAUAGCUGGUGUGUACUUGACAUUUCCGUUGAGCCACUUCAAAAAAAAAAAAGGCUUGGUUGUUAAAGUCUCAGCUUCUUUAACAUUGUUCUGUCACCAUAACAGGCUAGUAUGUACAGCUGUUGCUUUGUCCUUCUUUUAAAAAAAAAAUUCCAUUUAGGUUUUGGAUCUCUAGAUAAAUCCAGAUUUAUUUUUUCAUGCAGAACAUGAUAAAAACAGGCUGCCUGCCCCAUUCUAUUAAAGGUUUGCUGUAUGUGAUAGAAACUUCUGAUUGAAUAGGACUAGGGAAAAGCAUUUGGUUCAUGAGAAAUUUGAGAGUUGUGUUGUAUUUCACAGACAGUGAAGUUUACUAUCUUUAAUGAAGCCCUGUGUUUUUGUUGUUUUGUGUGUGUGUAUGUGUGUAUGUGUGUUUAAUGUCUCUUCUAUCCCAUGAGUCUUGUUUUUCUUUUUAUUAUCUUUGACUUGGGCCAUUCAAGAGCUACCUAUAUUAGUGAAACUGCUGAGUGUGUGCGUUGGCAGCCCUUUUUCAGCAUUAAGUUGCACAGAAGCAUUAAUAUGUUUUGAGUAAGUUCAUUUAAUCUUAAAUCUUAUUUCAAGGUUUAAACAAUUAUCUUUUCAUAUAGUUGUCACUGGAUACUGUUUUUGUGGUGACUUAAAGAGCUGAUGUUUGCCAAUGUCAGGUGUGCUGUUUCCUGUACAUAAGAGGUGCUCCCUUGGCUGCUUAUAGGCUACCUUGUAAGGUGCUUGGAUUAGGUUAGGGAGAGGAGUGAGAUAGUAAGAUGGUGGAACUUUUCUAGUUCCAAGUUUAUGAUUCAUUCCAUUACUUUUCUAAAUUCUUUUUUAUUUUUAGAAGUUCACUUCAAGAUAACAGCCAUCUCUCUCAUUCUAGGCUGCAUUUAAUGAAGUUUGUAUAUAUUUAUACACUUAUUGCAAUGGAUCAUCUUUAAAAUGGACUUACACUUUUCAGCAGUUUCUACAUUUAAGUAGAGAAAUUCUAAAAAGUUAGGAAACUUAAAACUUUAGAAAAUUUUUGGUUGAAUCUCAUCUUGAUUCAGUUAAUUUUGCUAAUAGAAGAAAACAAAAAUAAAACUUGAAGGCCAACUCCAGAAGGUCCUCUUGCAGAAAGAUCCUCUUUCCAGCAUAGGCGGGAAAUGCUGUCUCUCAGACACCUCAAAGCCCAGACUUGAUAUGAACUCCAGUUUCCUCUCCUUUGAAAAGACCUCCUUCUUAUGGCCAUUUUCAAGUAUGGCAUGCCACCAGAUGUAAAGGCAGUUUGUCCCGUGUUCUGGAUCCCGAAUCACAAAGGAAUUCUGCUCCAAGGCCUAUAACUCAGUGAAGUGACUGCCUCAGUGGUGGGGCUUAAGUUGAUGACCAGAGAUCUGACAUUCCCUGAGUUUCUAGAGGAGCUAGAAGAUAUCUGGGAAGACAUCAGUGGAGUUGUAUCAUAGCUUCUCCAAAGCUGGGCCCUUUUUGGGAGAUACAUUUCCUAUCUUAUCAGGCUCUCUAGCAAUGGGGUUGCUCCUUCAGUUGAGGUCCAGAGCCUCACUCCAUCAUUUCCUCAAACAGUGGCAGUCCUGCAGUACAACAAGAAGGCCACAAACCUUUCUUUACUCAUGUCUGCUAACCAGCACUUGCUAGCCCCUGGGAUUCUUUAUUAAGAACUUCUGUAUAGCCCUAUCUAAAACAGUAAUCUUUGAGUGUGAGUUUGUGCCUCUAUUCCUGUAAUGGUACAGAGAGAAAGGGGUGCUUUAGUCAUCCCUUUACAUAUGUUGCUUUCUCAAGGAAUCUUCUGUGCACUACAUACUGUGCAGGUGAAUUUCUCACUGUUCAACUAUGUCAUCAGUAAAAUUCAUCACUCCAAGACAGUUCCUUUGGAUUGAGGUUUGCUUCCCACUUUAUAGUAGAUUCUGCAGUGAGGGCAAAAGCUAUAACUCAUUUAUGGGCAGCAUUUCUGUUGAUCAGUGGACCUAAGAUCCCAGAAGGAAAGGAUGGCAUGGUAUGUGAUGCGAGCAGAAGAUGUUCUAGUGUUAACCACCAUCCAGUUUGAUGUCUGUGACAACACCUGGGAUGGGGCUGGAAUUCCCCCCCAGAGGCUGGCCAGUAGAGAGGGCACCACCUUGUCCUUUUUGUUUUCAGGUUAGCUGGUAUGGGAUUCUUUGAACUGGUUGUUAGUUUGUGUAAAGUUUUGUCAGAACAUAUCUUUGCCCGUUUGCUUAUUGAUUGUCUGUGGGGUAGAGCAGAGAGCCACAAAGCCUAAAAUGUUCUCUAGAUCUUUUAAGAAUUAGUUUGCUUACCCCUGCUUCAGAAAAUAAUAGCUUGCUUAGGAAAAAAAAUUCCCCUGAUUUCUCUUUUGCCUCUUACCCUUUUUCUCUUCUUUGCUUCCUUUCUUCCUUAUCCUCGUUUUAUUGUUUAUUAUGCACUUCUUUGUUUCUUACUGCACACAUACUGAUAGAGCGCAGGGACUACCAUCUCUUUAAACCUGAGCUGCCUUAACACUUCAUCUUCGUUUAACUCACUCUUCAUAGGACCACAUUGAGGCCACCUCAGAUCAUAGGGUCAAGUUUUAAACUCAUGGCCAGAUUGGAUUUUAGAAUUCUAAAAAUAGGUGUCCCCGAUCUCUCAUUUCACUCACAGAGUUUUAGUCAUCUGAUUCUGGCUUCACUUCUUAUUUAUUAAAAUAAGCCAAGACUUUGUUUGUGUUAAAUUACUUGAACGUUCUUUAGUUGGACCUUUAGUCCUCCAAACAUCACAUUUAGAUGAGGGGAAAGGCUUUUCACAGAGUAAAAAGAAAGUCUGACGUACCCAAAACAUUGCUUGUUCUUAUGUUUUUGGUCAGCUUUUAGGAAAAUAAAAAUAUAUUGGAGUUGAUAUCUUUUCAGUCACACUUUUGCAAUAAUAAUUUUAUUAAAAGUAAGCUAACAAAUAAAAAAUUGAAGCAUUUGAAGUAUUUUGGAAAAGAAUAAUUAAAAAUGUUAAUGUCGCCUGAGUAUGACUGAGAAGCUAAGGAUUAUAUCUGUAGUUCAAAUCCAGUCAACUUCGUCCAAGGUGUUUUCAUCCCCCAAAAAACUCAUGUAUGCAUUUCUAUGCUAUUUUCCCAAAUGAGUUGUCAUGUCAUUUAAAAAUUUUUGUCAGUGACUUCCAAGCUGUGCUUAAUUGUUUUGAAACAUUUUGCGGAGAAGUGUGUGGUGCUGGGGAUCAAACCUAGGGCCUCAUGCAUGUUAUGCAAUCACUCUACCAUUAAGCUACACCCUCCAGCCCAAUUAUUUGAGUUUUAAGCUGUUACUCUGUGACAUAUUAUUGUUUAAUAAAGUAUGAAAUUGCAUUUAUGUAUAUCACACCAGCAAGGAAAUCUUCAUAUCCAAGCAGUACGUGCUCUUCCCCAUGCUUGCUCCCAAAUUCUUUUCAGAGAAAAAUAAAAUAUUGUAUUUAAAGCAAGCAGAAUUUGGGGAAGCCUUUUGAGAUAGCCUUGAACGUAAUUUAAUCCUUGAAACAUCAGAACAGAGUCCUGUCUUCUACACUGGUUAGGUUGGGAACCUUGAGGGCCUGACCUCUUUGCUGUAGAUGUCAUAUUCACAGAAACCCAAAGCACUCUUUAAUACUGCUCUCAGCUCAGUGCUUUGCAUUGCUAUGCUUCCCCAUGACCCCGGAGAACCACCUUGGGACUCUUUGUAGAGGGUGUUUUUUGCUCAUACUUUUGCCCUUGAAAUUGAAACAUAACUGGUCAUUUCCUUUCACAACCACCUCUCUGUUCAGUCUUCCUUUUCCCAGUGCUUUGGUGGCUUAUCCUCAGCACUGAGGACACAUCCUUUGCUCCCUCCCUCAGAGGGGCAAUGAUGCAGUCGUGUCAGUCUGAUGAGCACAGACACUGAAUCUUUCUUACUGAGCGACUGUCCCAGUCAACACAGGUGUUCCUUGUGCAAACACAAAAACAUGGAUUGCCCAUUUGAAAACAACCAGGUGCCUGUGGUAUUAUAAUCAGGUUGGAUGAAUAGAUUUCAUCUUUUUUUUUUUAAGGGUUUUGUUAACUUAUGUGGCCCACACUAAAAAAUUUACUACCUAACGUUUUACAGCACAACUUUAUGAAUCCCUACAAUAGUCAUUCAAGAUUAAAUUCUGUGGAAAAUUAGGCACACGUUUUUUUGUUGUUAAUGUACCACAGUGUUACAACAGUUCUUUUAGAUUUUAGGGUAUCUUAUCUUUUCAUCCCAGUACACAGCUGCUGUUGCACAUUAUUCCUAAAUGAUUUUCGUGUGAGUAAAAGAUAUCCCCCUUUGCUGAUUGAAUAUUUAUUGAUAAAUUAUGGGUGUAUAGUCUACUAGGGUAUAUAAUUAAAACUAAGAGUACAAAGUCUUCUAAAGUUUCAUUGUGAUUCAUUUUUAUGAUAUGUUCAUUUUACGAAUCACAGUGAACUUGAUUUUGGUAGAGACAUUCCACUAUGGCAGUGCUUACAGUCUACUUACAGCUUAGAAUAGUGCCUCUCCCUGAAAGUACAGGGUCUGUUGGUUUUGCCCCUAGAGCCUUCCAUGUCUCUUGUAUCUAGGAUAUUUGCAAGUUUAUCACUCUCCAAGCCUUGGUCAUUACUUGUGAACUUAAAUGACUGGUCUUUGCUUUAACCUUGAGUCCAGAUCACACAUUCUUUAAAUACCAGCAUGUUGUUGGCACCUUGUUGACACACCAGCAGCUUUAGACUGGAAAAAGUUCAGGGCUCUUUGACCUGGCCGUUGAAGCCCACCUCUGGUCAUACCAGAAUCACUGCCUCAUGGGAGAGCCAUCCUUGGGACCUUGUCCAUCUCCCUCUUCUGCUUAAGUCACUAACCCACCCAGGUGACAUCUUCUCUGGGAUAUUCUUCCCCCUCCCAAGUGCUUCACUGAACACACAGGAGUAGCAUUGUUCUCUUCCUAACUAUUUUAGUAUUUGAUGUUGGAUCCAAAUACCAUUCAGUUAACUUUUUUUCUAUCCCAGUUGUCUGCUGUGCUCUACACUGCAUGUUGUCUUGCAGCUAAUGCUGCAGUAUUUGGGAGCUAGUUUGUGGGAAAGAUACUAUACAAACAAAAUUCCCUAAUUUUGUAUAUUUGUACCACAGGUAGGCAUUAUUUUGAGAGCCACUGUAACUUAAGUUUAUUGAUUUCACUAGUGGUUUCUGCAUUCUAACUAGCUCUAGAAGACUAUUAGUAACUGGUUUCAAAUAUAUAUAUAUAUAUAAUGCAUAUUUAUACACACCACUGUGGAAUUUGUUUCAGUGUGUAAAUAGUGAUAUUUUCCUGUUCAAAUGCUUCUAUACAAAGUAUUUAUUUUAACAACAACAACAAAAAAAACUGUCAAAAGGGCUUUCCAAAAUUUGUUCUUGCCAUCCAUCCUCCUUAACCACUGUGCUCAGCCAUUGAACCCUUAACACAGUGAAGACAGAAGGGUGUAGCCUUGAAGCCCUCACUGUAUUUGGACAGAUACAAUAUGAAUUUGAAAUCUGAGCUCUUCUCCCCACUGUCAUCCCAUCCCAGAACAAAGUGGGUUUCUUGCAUAUACCAUUGACAAGUUUCAACUGCUCAUAUCCACAGCCUGUGCAGGAGCCUUAGUUGUAGCCCGUAAGGAAAUCCAAACCUCUACCUGUGGGAUAAGGCGAAGCUAUUAGUUGUCUGAGGACAGCAUUGAAGUGUGUGCUUCUAGUCUCAUUCUCCUGGGUUUAUGAUCGUUACCUCUUCACACCAUCAUGGGAGAUAAGUACACCACCUUCUGCACUUUGACAAUACUUGUGGCUACCUUGGCUCUCAUCUUCCUCCUCCCUUUCCCUGUCUCAGCAAGCAUUUGUGCAGAUGUGGGCCAGUUGCAGCUGUAACUGAUGGUGACAGAAUGAGACCAUCUGUUCUAAGAUGUGUUCAGCUUUACUUCUCAGGAGUCCCAAUCUGCACCCUACUAGUAAUGGAGCCAGUGCUUUUUGAUAAUGUCCCAUUCCCUGUGCUCUGUUCCUGGGCACCCUUCCUGCAUCGUGAUUCUCUUUCUGCCUAGCUGGCUGAACUGAGAACUACAGGUCCAAGAUGCUGGGAGCUUUGGAACUAGUUCCACAGGGAUGGUCAUCUGUUUGAACCAUAAUUUAUAUUUCCUUGUGGCAUCCCUAUAUGUUUUCUAAACAAAUGAGGAUGCUUGAACAGUGAUGCUGGAGGAUGUUUUUCUAAGAUACUAUUUGUAAGCAAAUCUGAUUUUAAGAUAAAUGUGAAUGGUAACUAGGUGCCAGGGAAAUUUAGCACUGAACUAGACAGUAAAAACUUUUUUAACCUUUGCAGAAAGAAAUAGAUUUUGCUCUCAUCUAAAUGUUCACAGGAAGUAUUGUACAUAGUUUUCUAAAAAUAUUUAUUACUUGUGCUGUAUACGGAUUCAUGUUCUGAAUGAUGUUGGUUUGCAUUGUAGUAUUGUAGAAGAAUAUAUUUUAAGCAGUGAACUUCCUUUCAUAACAUAGUUCACACAUGGAGAAAGAAUAAAAGCCAGCAGGUUGAGAGCUGUUUGGGGCCUUUGAUCUGUAAUGUAACAUCAUAGCCAAGCUUUAGCUUUAACUGCCCCUCUUCUC